UGCAAACAGAGCUCCUGUUCUUGAGAAUGCACACGAGUUAGAGGUUUGAACACAAAUAGCUCAAUUGUUCUGAAUGAUUAACGAUAUGUUUUUUGGCUCCUAACUGAAAAACAAAAAAACAGCCAUUGGGGAUCACUGGAGAUCACCUGGUCAGAAUGGAUUUCUUCAUCAGAAAAAGGUGAUGCGCCUAGACACAAUCAGGACCAUCUUAUCCUCAAACAGACAGGCGUAAUGGAAACUUGUUCAGGUCUGAGCCUGAAUGAUUUGGGAUACAUCCUCAUUGGGGUUCUCACCUUCACCGUCCUGUUGUCCACGGUGCUGGGGGUUGUGUUUUUGAAAAAAUAUCGUUGCAUGGCUCGGACCAUUCGAGAGCUCCAGAGAAGUAAGUUCAUUCUGCCUCAGCUGGACGUUCCCAGCCCGACGAGCCCGGUGGCCCCUGCGGCGAAAGAAGAAGAAGAAGAGGAGGUGGCCCCCGCUCCACAGAGUCUUCUGCAGCGCGGCGGUACAGCGAGGUCCCCCUCCAAGAAGCUGUGGAAAGGCGUGCAGCAGGCUUCUUGUCUUAACAAGUCCGACCUGAACCUGCUCCAGCUGAUCAAAGCAGGGAAGGAGGGAGUCUUCUACCAGGCCCGGAUGAACAGAGGCACGUGCAAAGGCCACAGCAUGUUCACAUGCAAAAUCAGCAAAGAAGGGGUGCGUCUCAAACAUGUAGAAAUGGAGGUUUCCAUCAUGAGGAAACUGAUGCACCACAAAAAUGUUCUUCAGUUACUGGACUGGAACACAACUGCAGAGCCGUACAUUCUGAUCAUGGAGUACGUGAGCUUUGGCACGCUGAGGACGUUCCUCCAGACUAACAGAGUUCACCUGUGCGGAGACCCGGAGUUGCAAAGUCUUCUUACCAUCGCCUCCUACCACAUCGCUCUGGCCAUGCAGCACCUACGCUCCAAAAUGAUCACACACUGCGAUUUGGCUCUCAGGAACGUCAUGGUGAACAGGUUUCCCUGGGAGGUGAAAGUAGCGGAGUUUGGCCUGGCUCAAGACCUGACCCGCAUGGCCAGCCGCCGCAGCAGUCGCUGGAAACAUCCCCGGCAGCGUGUGCCUCUGCGCUGGUACCCCCCGGAGUACUUCAAGAACAAUUAUUACGGCUUCAAGGGGGACGUUUGGGCCUUUGGUAUCGUGCUGUGGGAGAUGCAGACAUUUGGUACUCUACCAUAUCCAAACCUGGAGACAUCAGAGGAAGUGGUGUACCACAUCUGCAUGGGCCAUAAGAACACGAACCCAGAAAGCUGCAGGCCAGAGAUACUUCACAUCAUGAGGGACUGCUGGCAGGAGCCCCACUCGUUGCGGCCUGCCUUCACAGACAUUGUCGGCAUGCUGGAGAACAUCAUUGAAAACGAUGCAGAUUACGUGGAUGUGGACAGUUCGCAGGCUUUGGUGAAACAUGAAGCUGAAUAUCAUGAUGCUAAGAGUCCACGAGCCGUCAGCGCCAACACAGAAGAGGAAACCCUACUGAGAGAUCUUCUGAGGUGGUAUGCAGAUGAGUUCAAAGACCCGAUGAUGCUGGAUCCCCCACAUUGGUUCAAGUCUUUUAUCUUCUGCGAGGCUUUGCUUCAAACUCCUUUUUUCCCCGUUGCGGCUUAUGCCUUUUUGAAAGGUGGCUGCAGGUGGAUUCGAACUCCUGCCAUUGUGUAUUCCACACACGUCGCCACCACCCUGGUCCCGAUCCUGUCCCACGUCCUUUUCCAUCAGUUCCCGGCAAAACCUCACGCCGGUCCCCAAACCCCAGGGGAGCGCUGGCUGCUGGUGUCCAUAUACGCCCCGUACCUUCUGGUGCCCGUGCUGCUGCUCCUCACCAUGCUGACCUCCUCCACAUACAGCUCCGGCCACAAAAGUGCAAGCACGCCAGCUAAAUCCAAGAAGAAGAACUGAAACAAUGACAUAAAAUACACGUUUCACUAUUUUGGGUUCUUGUGAGAAGACCAAAACUGGGAAAAGUUUUGGUAUUGUUAGAUACACCCUGAAUCAGCACUUUAAUUACUGUUCUUUUAAAUGAAAUCUUUGUGGUGAAUACUCUUUGUGUUUUUAUAAACAUUCUACAAUCAUGUAUAUUAAUAUCAACAUCUUUAUGUUCAAAUUCUUGGUUGUUUUCAUGAAAUGCAAUAAAACCUUCAAAUAA